CGGUUCGAAUCGACGUUUCGCGGUCCCCGCGGAAGACUUAGACCAUCGAAGAAGGGUAGUAGCGUUCGGAAGAAGGGGUCAGAAGGUUGUUCGGGGCGUCGGUGGCGUCGGUGGGCGUCGCGGUACGCGCAUGUUUCUCCCGCGAAGCGGAUCGAUGCUGGAAAUAGCUCGAGCCGCAGGAGAGAGAGCGAGUACGAGACGAAGGGAAAAUAAGUACCCCCCAGUACCAGAUCUGAUACGUUGAAAUUCAUUAUUCGACUCGUACUCUGUUCACCGCGGGUUUCAUCGGGUCCGCCCGCGAGCUUCCUUCCAUCGACCUUGUUCUUCCUCUCCACGAGACCCCGGUCUCUUCUUCUCGAUACUCGUUACUUCCGAUGGUGGUUCCAUAUAUCCUGAUUAAAAGAGAAUAAUAAAAGUGCGUGUAUUAAUCUGGACAAAUUUCAUCGACGAAACAGACGCCGAGAUAAGAAAGGGGAGGUCUGUUGUCCGCGGGGAUGAAUCGGGAAAAAUGUGCGUCGUACCGAUGUGGCUGACCAAGCUGGAAUCGGGCCUCGCGCGUUCCACGUUAGCUCUUAGAGGAUGCACAAGCUAGCCAAAGGCCUGAAGAAGAAGAAAAAGCAGAAGAAGGGUAAGAAGGGGGCAGAGGAAGAGGAGUUCGAUCCGGAGGAGCUCGAGCGUUACAGACGCGAGCGGGCGGAGGCCCAGCAGAAAGCCGAGCAGUCUGGCGAACAGUCCAACACCGCCGCCACCUCCGACGAGUGGAAGAAAUUCGAGGCGUUAACAGCCGGUGUCGAUUCGAUUCUCAAGAAGACCCAGGGUGAUCUAGAUCGUAUCAAAUCCACAUCAUUUUUUCAACGUAAACCACCGUUAGAGGAGGAGAAGAAGAAGGAGGAGCAGGAUAAAGAGGGGACCGAGAAAUCGUCCUCGAAAAAGUGGGUAGGUUUCGACGAGGACGGGAAUCCAAUCGAAGAGGAACCACCAGACUUCGAAGGGAAAGGAAAGAGGAAGGAGGAGAAACCGUUGGUGAACGAGGACGGUUUCGUGGAUGUCCCGGAAGACGAAGAUGAACCGGAGGACUCUGGCGACGAGGACAUAUUCGACACCACUUAUGUGGAUGUUCUCCAGAACAUCGACGUUCAAUUAGCUUACAUUCCGGACAGCCCUACCGAGCAAGAGGCAGGAGACGACCCUUUCGACACCACCAACGCGGACAAGGUACUAAAGACCGUCGACAGAAAAGGGAACAAGUUAGUGAGUCUAGGAAACGCGGUCGAGGUACUCUCCGGGAGGAUCGACUAUGUCAGUUCUUGCAAGAUCUCGAAAGGUAGACGGCCGAGACUUCAGCAGGAUCUGUUGUUAGACGAUUUCGAGGAAGUUGAGAAACCGGAGGACAGUAACGCGGUCUCGGCACCUGUCGAGGUUGAGAAAACCUUGCUGGACGAUGACAACGAUCUUCCGGAUAUUCCUGUGGAUCUGACCAAGCUUCCGCCCGUCUUACCAAGACCAGCCAGCCCUGCUGUUACUCAGGACAACACCGCCGUCGAGAAGGAACCAUCGAACGGACCACCUCUGGACAUCUCAGAAUUCGAGGUGUUGAAGGAGAAGACCAUUUUAGAGGAAAUUCCUGACUUGGACGAAGCCGAAUUUGAUUUAACCUCUGCGCCCGAAGAUCCGGUGCUUCUCGAGGAGGCUGAAGAUCCAUUUGGGAGCAAAGGACCGGACGCGGUUGACUUCCAGUCGGAGAUAAUCGAAGCUAGUUUCGAGGCAGCUACCUUCGUCGACGAGGAGGAUCCUUUCGACACCACUUUCGCCGAUAAUAUCCUUCCUGGCAAGACUGAGUUGAAGUUCAUCGAAAAGGAAUUGGAAGAGUUGCCUGUGUCGGAGGUGACGAUAUCGUUGACCGAUCCUGCCGGUCUGAACAGGGAUUACGAGACUGGUGGUUUGCUCACAGAAGCGAACGGGAUAAGAAGCAAUGGUUUGCUAGGCAAGAAAGACCUUUUAGGAGGAUCGACGACCGAUCUCAGUCAGCUGACCGACGAACCUAUAGCACCGGUUGAAGACAUCAGCUACGUUGAUCCAUUCGACACCUCGGCCGUCAAGGAAAUUCCACCUGGUAGAACGGAACUGAAGUUUCUCGAGAAAGAACUACUUGGCGAAGAGACGAAACUUACCAGCUCCCUAGAGGACGACGACUUUGACCCCAGAAAGGACGAGCAACCAGUAGCUCCCAACGCUCCACCGAGGCCAGCUCUUCCACCUGCGCCAGCUAAACCAACUUUCAAAGUCGAUUUCGGCGAGGACGAGGACGAAGCUACCACACUAGAAUCCUCCAGUGAUCGUGGACGAAGAACAUCCAGGCCGGAGGUGCUUGAGUUAGCCCCUGCCAAGGCGGUUGCCUUCGAGCUACCAACACCGUCCAAGCGACCCGAUCUCCUCGCUACCAGCGAAGAAGAAAAAGCGUUACCCUCGAAACCGCUCACUCCAUAUUACUCCCAAAAGUCAAUCGACGAAGGUCUGCCCAUCGAAGAAGAGGAAGUUGACGUGGAUCCCUUCGACACGAGCUUCGUGGCCAAAGUAGCUCCAGGAAAAACUGAGCUGAAGUUGAUCGAGUCUGAACUGUUGAAGCAGGAAACGAAGUUGCCUCACAGCUUGAGCGAUCACGAUUUCGACCCCAGGGCGGAGGUAGAGCCAACCAGGAGGCAGAGCGACUUCACGGCUAGCUCCGUUAGGCCCAGCAACUUGAAGAUCAGCGAAGCCCAGAGUACGGGCCUGCAAAAAUUCAAAGAGCAGAAUCAACCGAAACAGCCAAAGAGACAAGAAAGCUUACUGGACGCUGAGAUCGAAGUAGACGCCAAGCCACUUACCCCUAGAAUCGAGGCGAAGCCCAUCGAGGAGGAAGUACUUUCUUACGAGGACCCCUUCGAUACUUCCAUCGCCACCAAUAUCCUUCCUGGUAAGGCGGAGUUAAAGAUUUUAGAGAGUGAAUUGCAACAAAUACCUGAAGAGAUACCUGUACGCCCGGCAAGCAUCGCUUUGACGGCAAUCGUCAGCAGCACCGUUCCAGAGAUAGACGACUUUGAUCCCAGGGCAGAGGAGAGGAAGGAAUCGAAAGACUUCUUGUGUAUCGACGACCAAGAUCCCGGGGCGAAGGUACUCACCCCUGUACAGAACGAGAGCUUUAGUUUAGACGAGGAAGUGGAUCCUUUCGACACCAGUUUCGCUACCAUUGGACCAGGAAAGACCGAGCUUAAACUAUUAGAGUCCGAAUUGAUGGAGCAGAUCAACAUGGAUUCCAAAGGAGGAAAUCCGUUCUUAAUGGACGAUGACGGAACCGGCACGAACGACACCAUGUCCGGACAAAUCUCAAACCCCUUCCUGCAGGAUUUCACAGACACGGAGCCACCUGCUGGCGGAGAGAAUCCGUUCCUGAACUUUGGCGGGGAUCAGUCGUACCAGUCGACGAUCACCGUCGACUCGACCAAUCCUUUUGCCUCUUUCACCACGGAUACCACCGCACCGAGCACCGGCUUCGAAACCACCACCACCACAACCACCACCGAUACCUCCUCCGCCAACAUAUUCUCUGAGCAAGGAACAAACAUAUUUGUCACGACCAGUGAAUCCAGCAGGAAUCUGUUCGAGGCAGAAGCCCCCGCGCAACCGUCGCAGGAAAUCUUUGAUCAAGCUGCAGCCGCACCAGCCCCUCCAGCCCCGGCACCAGCUCAAGCGAAGAAUGGGAAACCAGCACCUUCGAGACCGCCUCCACCGAGGCCUCAACCCCCAGCACCUCCUAAGAACACCAAAGACCUGAUCUUGUCCGUGACUGGGGCAAUGGACGCCACUUCGAAUCAUCUUCUGGAUCGAUUACAGGCGACGAGGACACCCAGUCCUACCCUGAUGCAUUCUCCAUCUCCUACACCGGAGCACAGCUUCGCGGACCUCUUGGACGUCGACUCGAAUAUCCCAGACUUGAUGUCCGACGACAGCAAAGGGGUAGAACCGUCACAGAAUCAGGAUAUCCUAGACUUGUUCGAUGCCCCCAAUACCGACACGACCACCACUACUAUUUUCUCCACUCCGAUGACCACCGCGGAUACUACCAGUUUAGACGCCGAAGUCGCUAACACCACCGCCGUCCAGGAUAAUCCAUUCGCCAGUAUGACGGAUCAGGAAGCGACCACCGAUCAGGAGGAUGAUGAUUUUAAGUCGGACUAUCCAGAAACCGCGUCUGUAACCAGCGAAAAGAGGCCCUCCAUCGCUUCUACGACAGUGGUGGUUGGCUCUGAACCCGACACCAAGACUGCUCUCGACUUAGAUUUUAGCAGCGAAACCGAAGCUGCUGUCACGGAAACUCAACAUGCCACCACAGCUGACGAAUUAUUCGCCUCGAGCGCUAUGGACCAGUUUUCCACCACCACGACAGUGUCCGCGUUCUUCUCGAUGGCGGAAACGACUACUUCUGCUCCGUUUCCAGUGACAGAUAGUGUGUGCGUACCGUUUGCGAUCGCCACGAGGGAGCCAAUCGUGACUAGCGCACCUUCUACGCAGUCUAGCGGGCCGUUUGCAACGGACUUGCUUGGCGAUUUCGGCGAAUCUGCCCAGGACACCAGUGGAGUAAGGUCGACCAGUCCGAUUCCUGGUGCAGAGUUUCCCACUAGCGAAGCUUACAAACCCGAGGAGCAACUGGACAACUUUGCGGCCACCACGAAAGCUAUCGAAAACACCAGCGAUGCAUUCGAUAUUUUCGCCUCGAAGUUCGAUAAGGCUGCAGAGUCGGAGACUAACUCGGGUGAUCCGUUUAUGGAUGCCUUCGGAGGUGGACCAACUGCUAUGGACACGUCCAGUGAUGUUUGGGGAGACUCGUCUGCAGCCGGAUCAGAAACAGCAACCGCUGGUUUCGGCGAAGCUGAUGGAUUCGACUCGUUCUUAAGCAUGACUGCUCCUCCACCGGAACCGAGGAUGAAAAGAACCGAAUCUGCAGAAUCGGACGAGGGUCCAGAUUUCAGUGUAUUCAUCAAACCAAAAGAAGAUGAACAGGCUGCGACUGGAGAGGGUGGAGUGGUACCCGCGUUGGCCCCACCGCCAAAGAGUCCUCAAAACACAGCCUACACCGAUACCUCGCCUCGAUUUAAUCCAUUUGACAAGUUUGGAUCUGCACAGGACGCCAUCCCUACCACAGAAACAGCUCAACCAGCGGAACUGACAAGAACAGAUUCUCAGGAAACUCCACCAACACCUCUGUUCGACGAAGACGUCAGUCAACCUUUAGAGGAUUUCCCAAGAGUGACGUACACCGGUGACGGUUGGGAGAUGCAUCUACGUCAACCUAACAAGAAGAAGAUAACUGGCCAGAGAUUCUGGAAGAAGAUCUUCGUCAAGUUGGUUUACCAAGGCGAUAAUCCUGUACUUCAAUUGUUUAACAGCAGAGAUGACAAGGAUCCCUUCCAAGAGUUACCCCUAGUACCCUCUUACUCGGUGUCCGACAUAGGAGCACAACAGUUUGACCAAUUCGGAAAGAUAUUCACGGUGAAGCUACAGUACAUUUUCUACAAAGAACGACCUGGUGUUCGACCUGGUCAGGUGACCAAGGCGGAGAGACUUACCAAUAAACUGAGUCAGUUUGCUGCUUAUGCCAUUCAGGGUGACUAUCAGGGGGUGAAAGAAUUUGGAAGUGACUUGAAGAAGUUAGGACUUCCCGUUGAACAUGCUCCACAGAUUUCCCAGCUGUUCAAGCUCGGUUCCCAAUGUUUCGAAGACAUGAAACAAUUUUCCUGCGUAGUCGAGGAAGCACUGUUCAGACUAAAUGCUCAUAGAGAUAGAGCGCUGCAUUACAAGAUGGAAGAGGUGCAAAUAACAGUAGUAGAUGAGCUCUAUGUCGAGCAGAGUGCUCAGGGUAUCGUUGAGAAGCAGAUAGCUCGUGUUCGACUGUUUUUCUUGGGCUUCCUUUCUGGCAUGCCUGACGUCGAGCUGGGAAUAAAUGACAUGUGGCGUCAGGGUAAAGAAGUAGUGGGUAGACACGACAUCAUUCCAGUUGUGACCGAAGAAUGGAUUCGUCUGGAGAACGUAGAGUUCCACGCGUGUGUCCAGCAGGAUGAAUACGAAAAGUCUAGAAUCAUAAAGUUUAAACCACCAGAUGCAUGCUAUAUCGAACUCAUGAGGUUCCGAGUAAGACCACCUAAAAACAGGGAACUUCCUCUUCAGCUUAAAGCCGUAAUGUGCGUUACGGGUAACAAGGUAGAGUUGAAGGCAGACAUCCUUGUGCCUGGAUUCGCGUCAAGGAAACUAGGACAAGUGCCCUGCGAGGACGUAAUGGUCCGUUUUCCGAUUCCAGAGUGCUGGAUCUAUCUAUUCAGAGUCGAGAAACACUUUAGGUACGGGUCCGUCAAGUCGGCUCAUAGAAGAACUGGAAAGAUCAAAGGUAUAGAGAGGUUCCUUGGGGCGGUGGACACACUGGAACCGCAACUGAUGGAAGUUACCUCGGGUCAGGCUAAAUACGAGCAUCAACAUCGUGCUAUCGUUUGGAGGAUGCCCAGGUUACCGAAGGAGGGCCAAGGAGCGUACACGACACAUCAACUGAUCUGCCGCAUGGCUCUUACCUCGUACGACCAAAUCCCUGAGAAUCUCGCCGAGUACUGCUACGUUGAAUUUACGAUGCCUGCGACCCAAGUGUCUCACACCACCGCGAGAAGUGUCAGCCUUCAAAACACUGACAGCGACGCUCCACCAGAGAAGUAUGUUAGAAAUCUGUCCCGACACGAGUACAGGGUUGGAAUCGAGCACACUCAAGGCGAAGGACCAGCAGCAUACGUAGCGGCGACGUUUACAAGGAAGAUCCCAGAGACAACAACGGAGGCACCGAGUGAAGUCUCAGACGCGGGUGCCGAGUCCGAUUCGGAUUCCUCCGAUUAAUCUUCGCUGUCUGUAUGUAAGGUAACGGGUUAAGAUGUUACGAAACUAAACUAACGAGAGUCUUAUAAGACGAUAAAGAAAAUUGCUUGCUAAUAGUAUAUACAGAAAAAGAAAGAAAGAAAGAAAGAAACCGAUGCCUGUGACUCGACGCACGAUGCGUUUUGCGGGUCAUGGAUCAUUUCAAGAAUGUGAUUUUCUGUAGCUUCAAACGCACAUCAGUAUUACAAAGUUUAUAGCUGUGCCAAGUGGGAGUGUUAUUCUAAUUACGCAUGCGUUGGGAGAUCAUUCCUCUUCAGGAAGGAAGAACCUUUUUCCCACCGCUACUUUCCCUCUUUAGCAUACGUACAGCAUGCAAUUUUAGAUCUAUGAAGGAUAUAAAACAGGCCUCAACGUCGAUAUCGAGUAUGUUUCUAGUUGUAUCGAUGACAAUUUCUAUCCCAACUUACGCUUUUAAUCCUUCUCCGUGACGCAAAGCUCCGCCUUUGGCUUUCGUUCUCGCUUGGCAAAACUAUACCGCAGGAUACCGUUCGCGUUGUUUCGCUCGUUUCGUGACCCACGAAACGCUUGUCGCCGUGUGUUGUUCAUGUAACAGUUAAAGAGAGAUAUACAUAUGAAACGAAUAAUUUAUAAGGGUGGACAAUACUGAUUUUACGUUCAGUCUAGCUUGAUAAGUAGUUAUACGCACUCGCAGCGAAAGGCUUUGCGCUGCGGGCAGCAUGUUUCAAAGACGGAUAUACAAUAGACAUUUUAUUAUUUUACAUUUUAGAUUCCCGAUUGUUUAGAGCGUUAUAUUAUUUAUGUGAAAUUUUUCUUAUUCUGAAUUAAUUUAUCAGAAUUUUUCAUUCGUUUAACCCAGGGAUGGGCAAUUGUUUUGGCUCGGGGGCCACUUUAUGGAAGCCGUGGUUAGCGAAGGGCCGCAUCUUUUAAAAUGAUUAUAUUCAUUAAUUAACUUUGCAUUUCAGAAAGGUAUAAAUUGCACCAUAAAUUGUCCUAGGGGAAAAUACGAGAGAAGGAAAUCUCGGUUCAAGGCGGAUUUUUCUGACUGACGGUGGGGCACAAAAAAACUCUUAGCGGGCCGCUAUUUGCCCACCCCUGGUUUAAGCUAUUUCAAUGUUUCACAACAUUUUUAAGAGUAUAAUUGUUAUACAAUCAGUCAGAAAAAUAUCUGUACACUUUGUUAAAUCAUAAUAGUUACAGUAUUUCAUAGUAUUUAUCAUUAUAAAUAUAUAAAAUAAUGUAAAUAUUAUUUAUUUAUUAUUUUCUGUGUUAAAAUUACGCGCAAUACGGUAACUGAACAUUAACAAAGUGUACGGAGAUUUUUUCGACACAGUGGAUAUCGCAACAACACGACGAUCGGAGGACAAUAGUUGUUAAUUGAACGGACUCGUUACAAUUCGAAGGAUCGUACCCGCGUAUCGUAUCGUUUUGAGCUUGCAGAUGAUCUAUAUCGAAUGUUAUCUAGUCGUUUUUAAGAGUUAGUUUAUUGACAUUAAUCGACGGUUAUUAAGCACGUAAGUAGACGAUAAUUAAUCAAAGUUUGCCUGUUUCGAGAAUGCGUGUUGAUGGAAGUGUGAGAAAUCUAGUCGUUAAUUUAUUUGAGCGCUUUGCAAAUGAUAUAUCUAAUGACGUAUACAGGGUGUUCAAUUAUAGGUGGGCAUAGUUUAAGGAUGCUCAUCCAUAGCCGCACAUCCUGUACAGUCGUUUCAGUUUCGCGUUUUAAUUUGUCGAGAAUAUAGCAGUAAUGUUGAUUAAUCGAAAUUUCCCGCGGUUAGAUUAAGUGAAACGAGUGUGUAUUUAUCUGCAGAUAAGGUAAGAUUAUUCUAUAAGAACGAAAAACUUAGCCACGUAAGUUUCCGUUGAGGUUUUACCGAUUUUUUGUUUCACAUUUUUCCUCCUGCAAAGGAGAUCAGAAGAGUCUAUUCUAGUCCUUAGCACGUAAGAAGAUCGUAUGACCAUUCAGGUUUUACACCAGUCAUACGUUAAUGUUAAGUCUAUUUAGGAGCUAAAUCGAUUGAAUCAACGACGUUCAGUAAUGUCGACCGAGAUAUGCCAACUAAAGUAAUAGAUAAUUAGAGCUAUUAAUUAAUAAUGUCGAUUGUUGCUCUGAUCCGUGUCAAUGCGAAUACAGAUUCACUAGUUUAAAUCUUUGAGCGCGCGUUUUCUGAAAACGCGCUUGGUCAAACGAUCCAUCGAAUCGUGUCAGACAAUACAACUUAGUUGCACCGGAUAGAAAAAAUACUGCUGAAGGCUGUAUGAUAUAUAAAUAUUGUAUUCCGCUCUUUGAAACAGCGCAAAACUUUUCGAUCUGCGGCAUGAUGGUCUGUUUACGUUGGUACAUUAAACAAGUCCCGAGGGAACUUUCCCUGCGAAAAGUUCGACCCAGGAUAUGACGUUUCCAGCUCGUGAUCUCAAUUACGUGUAAUAUCGCGUUAUCUUGGGAUAUCCAAGGCGGCGUUUGUGUAUCUAAAAAAGAGAAGAUUCAUUUAAACACACGAUGCAUGUAUAGAUAUCUUAGGAAAGGUAUUUAAAUUAGAGGAUAUGUGCAUUGCCAGCAAGCCUACCGAUGUUUCUUCAAGUGUGAUUAAAAACCGUGCGAUUGUGCGAAAGAGAAAGAGAAGUAAAGGAGAGGUCGUUUUGCCACUUCGAGGAGAUUGUAAUUCGAGUUUCAUUUUUUAAGAGAGGAUAAAUUGAUUGUUUUAAUUAAAUCUUAGUCUUACGGUAUAUCAGAUUUCGGUUGAACAUUGCCUAAAAAAAAAAGAACAGAUUUUGUACACUUACUGGUUCCUUAAUUGAAAGCAUAAUUAGAUCUGUCGACCAGUGGUAGAAUUAUAAACCAUAAUCAUGAAAGAUACGAGUCAGAGAUUGAUCUUCUGUUUAAAAUAAUCAUGGAAAUGGUAUAGCAGGAUAAGAUGGUCAAAAAUACCCUUGAGCCGAUUUUAUUGAGCUAUGCACCAUUUAAUAGGUUAUUAAAAACAACCAUUAUACACCAAGUUUCAACCCUACGCCUCAACCGGAAGGGUAGUUAGAGGGUAAAAUCGAAAAAACGCUUCUUGCCAUAUUUUCCCUAUUUAUUGGUAUUCAAAAAAUCUGAAAAAAUUCUAGAAUAUUCUAAAUAUGUUUCUUUAUAAUUGUGAAUUUUUUCAAAUUUUUUAACUACCCUUCCGGUUGAGAUACAGGGUUGAAACUUGGUGUAUACAUAAUGGUUUUCUUUAAUAAGCUAUUAAAUGCUGCAUAGCUCAAUAAAAUCGGCUCAAGGGCACUUUUGACCAUCUUAUCCUGCUACAUCCUUUACCUAGAAAAUUUUAAGUUAUUAGGUAGACAUAUUAUUGUGUUCGAACACUGUGCAGUUGCUUUCGAUAGGAUGUUACUGGGGCUAAAAAGAGUCGGUAAGGUAGAUAUUAACAUAUACGACCUCCAUUUGUUGUUGCUCCUAUAGAUAUCAUCCCUGACUUUGCGAAAACUUAUUCCUUUACAUGCGUAUGAUUAUUAUUAAGCUGCGUAGCCUUUAGAUAUAAUCCUGUUAACUGAAAUCUGUAACGAUUAAUUGUAAAGAAAAUAUUAGUAGUGUCGUUGUUGAUCUUAUUAUUAUUAAGCAAGAAGAGAAAAAGAAAGAAAAGAAGCGAAUGUUCUGUACAGGUGAAGAGGCUCUGUAAAGAUGCAGUUUAUGUGUCACGCUAAGAUCGCUAAUUACUAGAAUUUAAAAAAGAACGUCCGUUGUUGUAUGGAACGAGUAACGAAGGAACACAAACCCCUUGAAGAUGCAUUUUCGCUUCCCGUGUAGGGUAUGUGCGGGUACCCGAUGUUUUCCGAACCGCCCCGACUAGUCGGGUACCCGACACAUUAGUCGGGCUACACAUCACUAUUCCCGUGUAAUCGUCGCCCACCAUGACAGAUCGAUCGAUAAUUUCGUCCAUCAAGCUUUUUAUCAAUAGCUGCAAAGUGAAAUUUUGUACCAAAUUUUCUCGAUAUUUUAGUUAAACAAUUCAAAAUUACUUACUCAUUUAUUUAUGUUGUUUCUUUCGAUCGUUAGCCGACCAAAUUUAAUUUCUUUACCACGCGCAAUAACCUGAUAUAUCAACGAAUAAGAACAUAGUGUCGAUAUGUACUUGGUAAAAAACGAUAGCAUUUAGCACCAUCGAUUCUUCGAGAAAAUCGAAACUGUUUUAUUUUUCGGUGAGUGCUUCGAUAUGUGGUUAACAAAUAUUUUUUUUUAAUUCCGUUAAGGAUUAACGUUGCGGACGCGAAUCUCAAUCUCGAAAAGUUUAUAAGACCAGUUGAAAUGAAGAAGGACACAGAAUAUAAAAUGUUUCGUUUUGAUCGUUGUGAAUAAGUUGAAUAUUUCUGACAGCAACGAGUCUCGAAAUAAUGGUAAGCAAUUAAUGAUCGAGAGUUUCGAAACAUUCCCUGAAAAAUGGAGGUACGGUACACGUACCUCUAAUCUCCGAUCUGUAAUUUAUAAAUAUAUAAAUAUAUAAAUAUAUAUACAGGAACACGUGUAUGUAAUGUCGUAAUGUGUAAUUAAACAUGUAUGUAUGAUCUGUAAUUGUGAUCUAAUAGUAAUCAAUGCGAUGUAUACAAAAUGAUAAAAGGAAGAGCGAGAGAGAGGGGGAGGCGCCGAUCGAAAGGAGUGAGUUUCUCUUCGUAUAUGUAUGUAUUAUAAUUUCGCAAAUGAGAAACGAGAAAAUGACAACUUUCGAGAAAUUAGACAAAAGCAAGUGUAACACUGUUAGCUAAAGGUAUUAUUGAUAAAUUCUAUGUAUCAAUAAAUAAUAUAAAAUUGUUUAAGCGACAAA